AUAAUUAUGAUUCUUCUAUUCAGGUAGAUAGAAUUUACUUUAUAGCUCAUGGAAUUGGUGAACGUUUACUUGUCAAAUCACAUGAUGCGGAAGGCAAUACUAAGAUGGAUUUAUUUGAUCCAUAUACUCUUGAAAAUCCUGUUAAUGCUGAAGACUUAUUUAAAAUUGGUUCCACGAUUCAAAACCCAUAUAUCAUAAGAUCUGAUCAAUUAAUUGGUUUAAUUGAUGGUUCUAUGUCCAUUUAUAGUGGAUUUAUUUAUAAAAAUUGGAUUGAUUAUUUACGACAACAACUUAAUGACUACAAUGGACUAUUUACAUUAUCAGAUAGAAUUUUAAUGCAUGAAAUGAUCAAAAAAGCAGAAUUCGAAAGUUACCAAAGUAGGUACGAUAUUGAUCAUAUUGAGCAAGAAACAUAUCAAGGUCGACUAUUAAAAUGGGAAUUAGAUUGUCAAGUUCAAAAGUCAUUAAUUCUCAAGGCAUUUCGAUUUAACCAUGGAGAAAAUGAAUGGCUACCGGUACAAGGAAAAUCUCAACGUAAUAUAUUUCCUAAUUUUCAUUCAGAGAUUCAAGAUAGACCACAGUAUGUUAUUCAAUGCAAGGUACUUGGUAAUGAUGAUUUAUUCAUGAUCACGACUUUUGGUGUACUCAUCUGGACCGUUAUACCUGACAAAGGAAUUAGAUUACUUUAUUAUUGGGGAGAAGAGGAUCUUUUCUAUCAAGAAUUGACUUAUAAGAAACUAUUUUACAGUGAUUCAUUUGCAAAAAGAAUUCUUCCAUCACCAAAGUUUGAUAUUGUUAUUAAAUUUAAAGAGUUAUCAUUUGGUCCCGAAGGUAGUCAAGAUGUGAGUUAUUUUUUUAAAGAACUUAUUGAAGAUUAUGUUACCAAUAAAAUUUCUAUAAUAUAUUAUGGAAUGACUAUUAUGAACUCAUUUCUAAAAAUGGAUGUUGAUUUAAUGAUGGAAAAAUUGUGUGAAAGUUGUUUUGAUUUUAAUUUUAAAUCAAAUAGUAGUGAUGUAUCAACUUCAAAUAUUCAAUUGCUUAGCAUAAUUGGGGAAGCAUUUCCUGAAUUAUUACAAAAACAUCCAGAUUAUUUGGCCGGUUUUCUAUCACGGGCUGCCUUCGUGAUUCCUUUUAUUGACCGAUCAUUAAAGGUUAAAGAGAAACCUUCCAUAUUUCAUUCUUCACAUCUUUAUCAUCAUGGGAUUUAUAAUUAUUUAUCCAGAACUUCAAUUACAAACAUUUUUAUUUCGAGAAUUUACGAACGUUGGAAACAUUUUCAAUACAAUCAGUAUAAAAAUCGCUUUCAAUCUAAUAAGGAUGUUUCAUUGUAUUCUUUUAUAGAAACUUUUAUAAUACUUCCAUUUCAAAAUUGGUAUUAUUAUUAUAGUCUGGAUUAUAAUAUCACUAUUAAAUUAUUGCUUCCUUUACCAAAAUUUGUUUCAUACCCUGAGAAUUAUAGUAUAUGGAAAGAGCUAUGGAGACCUCUUCCAAGCAAUUUC